CGCACAGUGCCCCGGGCUCUUUGAAUAAGAGGUUGCAAACACGACACGGGAAAAUAGAGGAAUAACAGUGAGCUGGCUGCCCGGGCUUACAGCCCCGCAGUGGGGAGGAUUUACAGGAGCCCCGCGCCUUUGAGUCACCAGCAAGAUUGCCCGAGGUGAGCUCGGCACGUCGGCGUUAGGAGGGGGAGACACGCCUUCUUCUCACACAGACCUUCCAGAUCCCGGAGGCUCGGCGGCCGACCUGGGGGUGGUUCUCCAAGUCCUGCCCCUGGCAGUCCCGACGGGCAGGGGCUGGGGACCGAUCCCGAGCGGCAGGUGGGGAAACUAGGAGCUGUCCCCACGAGCGGCGCCCCGUAGAGCAGGUCCCGUGCGGUCGCGGGCGCGCGGGAGCCCCAGAGUCCGGGCUUUGGCAGAGCGGACCGAGACCUCUGACACCCGACACCCAGCGCUCCCGCGGAGAGACUUCGCAGGCUGGCCCACCAAGACCAUCACUAUGACAGAUGGGGACUAUGAUUAUCUGAUCAAACUCCUGGCCCUUGGAGAUUCGGGGGUGGGGAAGACGACAUUUCUUUAUCGAUACACGGACAAUAAAUUCAAUCCCAAGUUCAUUACAACAGUAGGAAUAGACUUUCGGGAAAAACGUGUGGUUUAUAAUACCCAGGGACCAAAUGGCUCCUCAGGGAAAGCAUUUAAAGUGCAUCUCCAGCUCUGGGACACUGCCGGACAAGAGCGAUUCCGGAGCCUCACCACUGCAUUUUUCAGAGAUGCCAUGGGUUUCUUAUUAAUGUUUGACCUCACCAGUCAACAGAGCUUCUUAAAUGUCAGAAACUGGAUGAGCCAACUGCAAGCAAAUGCUUAUUGUGAAAAUCCAGAUAUAGUAUUAAUUGGCAACAAAGCAGACCUGCCAGACCAGAGGGAAGUCAAUGAAAGGCAAGCCCGGGAGCUGGCUGACAAAUACGGUAUACCAUAUUUUGAAACGAGUGCUGCAACUGGCCAGAAUGUGGAGAAAGCUGUGGAAACCCUUCUGGACUUAAUCAUGAAGCGGAUGGAACAGUGUGUAGAGAAGACACAAGUUGCCGACACAGUCAAUGGUGGAGACUCUGGAAAGCUAGAUGGGGAAAAACCAGCAGAGAAGAAAUGCGGCUGCUAGACACUUCGUAGGAACUGAUCAUCAAAAACCCCACCCAAAUAUUACUUCCAAAAAACAGCAACAAACCACAAAAUUGUUUUUGAGUAGACCAUGCAUAAUGGCAUGUCUUUCUUUUUCUGCCAGAAAAAUCUAUUUUAAGAAACCAGAAUAGUCAACGGUGUUCAAAAGAAUUCAAACAAGAUCAGAGAUUUCCUAAUGUGCUCUCACGGUCAUGGAUGCACAAUUUUGGAGGGUUGUUUUUUUGUUUGUUUUUGUUUUUGUUUUUUUUUUUUGGUGAAGAAGAUGAGUAUAUAAGAAAAUAUUCAAGAUGGUAUCAGUGAGUUUUAAAUCACAACAAAAAUGACCAUGUCACGUGGGAGAAAAGAAUAGGCCACGAAAGGGAGAAUAUAGAAAGACGAUUUUUUUUUUUUAAAGAUUGGAUUUACUUCUUAAGUAGAAUUUGAUUUGUACUUUUAGUUUUGCAUUCGUGGAACAUAUUAGCUAAAAAUGGGUAUACAAGGAACAAUUCUAAAUGGAUCACUAAUAAUGACAUUGCUAUGUCCACCCAACAAGCUGUCCUAGGGUGACUCAAGCACUGGUAAGGUUAUGAGAUUAUAGAUCAGACUUCUGUUAAAAUGUGGGAGAUUGUGCAUUAAUGUCAUUUUUCUAUUCUUAAUAAAUGGCUGAUAGACAAGAACAGGACUGUGAAUGACAAAGUACAAGAGAAAUGGCCUAAGAGAAAAAAGAAAGUAUGAAAAUAUGGCAUUUGGACAAAUGAAAUUAAAUGUGUCUGUUACAGAAGUCUGGAAGGAUCAUUUAGCCAAAUUUCCCUCAAGCUAAUUAGAAGUUUGACAUUAUCAGUUGGGAUUAAGAGAAUCUCCAGAGGUUUCCCUUUCCAACAAAAUUUUGGAAAUCGGUUCAGUGUUCAGUUUCACAUUUCAUUUUUCUUAGUAAAUGGUCCCAAGGGGAAAUUAAAGAUGGUCAUUUAUUAAAUGUGUCUUUAAAAAUGCAGUCGAGGAAAAGUAUUUAGCCUUAAUUGUUUUUAGAUAAAAUAUGUUAGUGAUAUGAAAACAAAAGUGACAAAUAAUUGUGGGUUUCUUUUUAAUUUAUAAAAGCACUGGAAACUCUAAAUCACACUUCUACUCUCCACACCCACCCUGACUUUUGAAUCAAUUGCAAAAAUUAUAGGUGUGUCACUUUGUAGAUCAACAACUUCAGGCUGAUGGAUUGAUUUUAUGGUCAUUCUUGAGUUUUCUUGUCAUUCAUCACAUAAAAAUUAAUGAUACCUCAUGCCAUAUUACAAUAUAUUUCACAUUUGUUUUCAUCUGCCUGAGGCAGAAUACCCACAUCUGAACUAUAUUUGGGGACAGGGCAGGAGUGGAUCUGUAUCUUUUCUCCAAAAAUUUGGUUAAUUGCUUUAUUUUUUCAUAUAAAACUGCCUUUUCUUUUUAAAAAUCAUUACAAAAGUAUUUUCCAUUGGCUGGUUCUUAUUACAGUGCCUAAACUGAUAUUACAUUGUUUUCUUAAUCUUUGUUUUUGAUAAGCAUAAGCAACUCCUAUUAAAUUGUUCUUUAAAUAUUUCCAUUUCAUCAAUAACAAAGGCAUCAUGCUUCAAUUUCUCUUUUUAUCAUGACUAUAUAAUUUUGAUAAGAUGGUACUUCUUUCUGUGAAAUUGCGCCAAUUAAACAUUUUUCCAUACUCUGGCCAUAUUUUUAAAUUAUAAACAUUAGAAAACCAAAACCCAAGCCCCCAUUCUCCUUACCUUUGAACCUCUCUGUACAGUCUAAAUCUGGUAUAGAAUUCAUAUUAGGAACACAGAUCCGAGAGAUUGUCUACAGUGUUCUUACAAAAUUCUCAGUGUGAACUUCUCAGUUCUUCUGACUUCGGAAGCAUAAUGCCAGCUUCUAAGUUCCAUUGUGCUUGGGUAUUCCCUCCAAUUCUGUUUUUCUCUGUGAUGUGCUUCAUGACCUCAGUGCCUGAGCCAUGGGGAUUAAAAACUUUCAGCUAACACCUGAGAUAUUUUGACUGAAAGGAAAGUGAGCAGAAACACUCUAAUCAAUGCUGUGGCAAAAUCUGGUAAACUUCUAUGGCUAUUUAAUCAACUCGCCUUUGGAUUCAAAUUGUGAUGUCUCUGGCAUUCCCAUGAUAGAGAAUGCUGAGCCUUUAUGAAAUCCUAAAGGUAUUCUAUUUUGGAUUUUUUUGUUUCUCUCUUUUUCCAGUUCUAUGACUGACUGACUGACUUUUGCCAAGAUUCUGUCAUUGCUAGUUAUUUGACAGGCAUUUAUUUCAGGGUCUAUUUUAAGAUCAUUAUUUGAUAGCCGUAGCAUGAAGCAGAGAGUGAUGAUGCCUUUAAUUAUAGAAUUCUGCCUAUAAAAAUAACAAUUAUUGGGCAACAAUCUUAAGAGGCAUGAAAUUUAAAGAAGACAAGAAAAGUAAUUUAAAGUUGUAUUCUCUAAUAAAUAAAUACUUGAUCUGAGAAAAAUAUUUUCUCUGUCAAGUUUGACAUCUGAUCCCAAAUUCUAUGUCACCAUUACAGGAAAUUCCUUUACUUAUUAUUACAGAAUUAACUAUUAUGUAGAAUUCAUUUUACAGGUUCAAGCUGAGUUGGGAACAUGAAGUAUACAGACAGGCUUAAAGAAUGGCAUACCUCCUUUAACCCAAAACAGCAUGAAUUUUUAGCCAAGAUGUAUCCUGUUAUUUGUUAUCUCCCAAAUGCUUUGGUAAACUAUAUUGUAUUGGGGGGAAAUAUUUAAAAUGUACAUGAAAUUCCUCUCUGAUAUAGAAAUAAUUUCUGGAGUGCUUACACUAGUUUGAUGUUUACAUUGCUCUAACACAGUGCCUCGAAUACCUCUAUGACCAAAUUUGUCUCCAGCCACACAGCUCAUUUCCUAUCGUAUCCUAUUUGAGGAAGGCCUCAGUGAGACACUAAUGCAGCUAAAGGCACUCUGAUAUCUUCAGCAAGGGGACAGGAUGUUAUUAGAAUCUGGAGAUAAUUACCACCAUCUCCAAGUCUCCUAAGCCUCUCACAGAGUGGAAGUGGGCAUUGCUUGAAACUCAACUGUGAGUGAGCACAAGGUUACCUUUUGAUACAAAAAAAGAAAACUCCUUUGAAAAAUGUACCAAAAAAUAGCUGAGAAAACGUGUUUGUCUUGAUAUGACAAGGGUCACAAGUCACGAAUUGGCAGAAAAUGGUAGGAACUGAGCUUGUGGGUCUCUACAUAAGUUUUAGAAUUCUUGCAAGUCACCACUCAAGUUGAUUUGCUAUCAUUUCCAUAGUAUCAGCUACACACUGCAAAAAACUCAAAACCAGCAUUUUCUGAAGUAAAUAUUUCAUCUGUUGUUUUUCACCAGAAGGCCCAUUCGAUGUAUCAGUAGGUGUCUUUGUUAUGCUUUCUAGCAUACGUAUGCUCUGCCAACCUGUACAGGUAAAAUGAACUGGGCAAGAGUUUUAAUCAGACCUUUCUUAUCUCCUCUGUAAGAGAGAGAAGCUUGACCAUAGAGAAGCACAUCACUAUAUAAACAAUAAAUUAUUACAGCCAAAAUAUUCUACAAACUGUAAAUUGAAUUGCCUGGAAAUCAACAAGUUUGAUGAAGCUUAUAUUUACACUCAUCAGCUAGAAAGAGAAGCAAUAUGUGUCACAGUGAAUAGGUCUACUGGAAACCCAGAACCAGUGUCCAUGACACAAGAUUAUUCACUGUUCUGUAUCUCUGUUCACUUUAAAAGAAGGGUACAUGUGCUUUCCUCAAUGUGUACCAUAGUAAAACAUUGAGGGAAAAUUCUCAUCAACAAAGAAUCUUGGGGUCAUAAUCUCAAACUUAAACUAAAGAAUAAUAUUGAAGUUUCUGUUUUCCUGAGAUAUUAACUCUUCAAAAGAGAGAUCUGAGAGCUGAUGUUAGCCAAAGGGAGGGACAAGUUGUCUUUCACUCUAUAUCACCAAGCUUUAAAGCAUUAAAAAAAAAAAAAAAAAGGCUAGUGUAUGUGAAUAUUUUAGGGAAAAUUUUGAUCUCUAAAGAUGUCAAGAUGCUGUCUCUAUCUAAAAAAGCUGUCUGAGAAUUCACCAAAAACUAUAUUUUCUUCUUGCUCUUUGACCAAUAUGAUAUAAACUUAUUUCUGGGGAGAGUGCAGAGUUCUUAAACAUGGCAUGUAGAAAUAGAGUAUUAUCUGAGAUGAAUGUUGUUUCAAUGCUUUAUAAACCGAUGAAGAUAUUUGUCUCAUAAAGUAGGACUGAUAAAAAUCAUUGUUAGAAAUCUACGGAACUUUAGGAAUGUAUUGCCUUAGAAUUAUUGGGUGGAGAUCUAACCAUGAUGACAUUGUUGAGGAAGAACUAUAAAGAGAGGUUAGAAUUCAACGUGGUCUGAUGAGUGUUCUUAAAUAGUAUAGACACAGAGAAGACCAUGUACUUCGAGUCUGAUUUUUAGGUAGACAAUGAAAAAGAAUUAGUAACCAGAGGAGUUUUUGUACCUCGAUCCAAGGCAAAUUUUUAUCUGUCAUUUCAAUCUAUCAAGUGGAAGUUUAUGCCCUUAGAACUAAGCUAAUAAACACAUUUAAACACCAAGUAUUUCAUUAGUGGCAUCAAAAUGUGGGAAACUUUGAAACAUGUUGUUUGCUCAAUUUGAAUUUAAUUUUCUCAUAAAUUGCUCUUUGACUAAUUUUUCAAGGAGCAGAAUCACAAAGAUGCUUCUCUACAGAUCUCCUUUUACCAAUAGUGUAUUGGUUGGGAUAUUUUCUAGCUUCCCAUAGAGAAAGAACAAAAAACAAGCAAAAACAUUAGCAACAAAAUAGUGGGGUUAUUUAAAAGGGUGUCAGCUUUUGAAGAAAAAUUAUAGAAAGGAAUCGUCUUUGGAUUGAGUCAUUUGAACUUGUUUCCCAGUUCCUUUUCUUUCCAACAGGUCUUGGAAAUCAUGGCUAAUAUCCCUCAGCUGACUUAGUCUUUAAGCCUCAUUAGCAAAUUUUGAGAAGCAGGCAUGUUUUGUCUUUCACCUAAUGGAUCCUUUAUUUAAUCAAUGGCUCUUGUCCCUAUGUCCACUGGAACCUCAAAAUGGUAUCUGUCCUUAGCAAAGCAUUAACAUAUUCUUAUAUUUACUCUUUUAUGCUCCGGGUUAUUUUUCCAAAUGCUCUUUGAGAGGAAGCUCAGUAUUAUAGAAAGGAAAGUAGCCAGAAAGAACAAUUUGGGGACCAUGAGCAUGUCAUUGAAUAGCAUAGUGACUUCUCAGAGGGAGUGUAUAAACCCUGUGUGCCCCAUCGGGUUCAUGUCAGGCUCCAAGGAGAAUCUAAGAAAUCAGUUUGUAAAUUACGUUCCAUUUCAUAAACAGGCACUAUUAUCAUAAGCUAAGCAUAAUAAAAAAAUUAUAGUAAUUAAAACCACUUGUGAGAAGAAAUGACAUAGCAGGGACGAAACACUAAUUUUAGUAGUGGGUGCUGGAAGCAAUCAAUGGUUAAGCAGCUUGAGAUCAUUGUAUUUGAUUAAAAAUGUUUAAUAUAUCUCAAGUUAUUGAAAAAAUGCGAGUUCUAUUUUAUUUUAUAUGUCAUCUGGCAUUUCUUCCAAGGAGUCCAAUUGCAUUCUAGAUAGUAUAUUAAUUACAUCUUGGUCAAAUCCUCCUUGUACAAGUAGGGCUUUUGUGUCCAUUGCCUUGUAAAAGAUACCGACUGCAUCUGAAAUUGCCUAAGAGAAAUCAGUUAUCCUGCUUAAUGUGUUAAAUAUAGACAAUGUUCUAAGAUAAUACUGAAGUGCUUCACUGUAUUCCAACGGUCUACCUUUAAGUGAUAUUAUUCUCAUUUUUAGGCUAAGCACUUUGGAUUGUUUUGUCUGUCGUCUCCAUGGGUCUGUUUUGUCUAGUGCCAAAAAUGUAAGUUAAAACCUUCAACAUGGAGUUUUUAUUCUAUGUGUCCCCAGGUAGACUGUGGUGCCUGACAAAUACUGUUAGAUCAUUAUUUUGUUGUACCAAAGUUCUAGUGGCUUCAGAAAUCAUAGCAUCCAAUGAUUUUGUGGUGUCUGGGUUUGAAUACUGUGGUGGCCAACUGUAUUCAGUGAUUGUUUCUGCACAUUUUUCAAUAAUAAAAAUGCAUUUUUAUCAAUUA